AUGAACACCCAACAAGACCAAUUGGGCUCUGAAAAUGGGCCCUUGAUUGAUUUUACGGGGGGCGGCUCCGAGUCGGGCUCGGCUGGGCGGUCCUCGUAUAGUGCUUCUGACCCGAAUGUUUCUCAAAUACGUCGCCGGUUCGGCCAUUCCGUUCGGUUGAUCCUAUAUACUCGGACCGCCCCUUCCCUCCUCUCUUCUACCCGACCCGACUUUCCCUACGCACGGCAACCCAGCUCUUCCUACAUACGCCAAACAAACAGGUCUCCUCCUGCUACACCCCAAUCCUCUUACCCAUGGAACCAACCCAGCAUGGACACACUCUCCCGCCCAGACCGGUUCUCACGCACUACAGCACACACAGCCAUAUCCGAUAUCCUAUUCAACUUUGACCUCGACCCGUCGGGCGCGGCCGAACUCAUUCAAGACGCAUGCGAGACCGCACGUCGGGUCGGAGUCUCGACCGAGGAUCUGCUCUCCCGGACCGUGUUUCUCGGCACGUCCGAUCUGGGCAUGACGCCGCUUUGCUUGGAGGCGUCGAGGGUGGAUGUUGGUGCUGGCCUCGAGUUGGUGCUGUGGUUGAUGGAGAAUACGAAACCGUGGGAUGUGGAUGGUGAAGUGAGGAAGGGGUGUUUGAUGAGAUGUAAUGGGAUGGGUGAGCAAGUUGUUUGGAAUAUUUUAAGGAGUUUUGUCCCAGAUGUGGACGGGGAAGGGGAAGGGAGUGCGGCGUAUGAUGUGGACGUCGAAGGACUGGCUUUUGUUCGCGUUGGGGCGAGUGGUGUGGUAGCAAGCCCGGUCGAGAGCGAGGACGAUGACGAUGAGAGUGACCAAGGGAGUUUGUACGAUGAUGUAUCGAUUAUCGACCCCGACGAAUCGAUGUAUUUGGACCAAGCGGAUAUCGAAACUCUCAAGUCUUCCUCUGACGAACGCGACCAGCAGUUGGAAGCCGAAAACCAAACCCAAGAGGUCGAGGAGCUUCCCAGUCGAAUACACCGCGCACGUAUCGUCUUACCUUCGUUCAAAGAGUCGCUUACCGGCCCAAGCUGGUCCUAUACAUCUCCUUCGAGAGGAAACCGAUUCGGAAUGGCACCCACCGGCUCUGUGGGAGAUAAAUUGCUCAUUGCCGAGUGGAUGUUUGAAGGUCGUAUCUGGGCCUUGUCGAUAGGAGAAGACACACUCCUCCUUACGCUUCGCCAAACGAGCUCCGUCGUUUCUUCAGACCCGCUCCGUGUCCAAGCAAUUGUCCGGAUUCUCCCUCUCGAUAUGCACUGGAACGAAACGAAACCGAUCGACCAGAUUGGGUCGGAUCGUUUGUUGCCUACUGAAAUUCCAAGCGACACAUUGCUCUCGAGUCCUCUGUACGAGUGGGAGUCCGAGGAGAAAGAGUUGGUCCCGGGGCCUGUGGGUGUAGGCUCAAGCUCGUCGAUUUGGAAAACGAAAAUUAGAGCAUCGGAUUUUUCGAUUCUGGAGUUGGCGGGUGAACAGAGUGGAAUCAAGGUAGAGGUCAUGGUCAGGACUAGGGAAAAAUCCAGUAGGGAGGUGGUUAUGGAAGCGAGUACGAGUGUAGGAGUUGGUGGCUUCAAUAGCGUUGCUCUGAGUAUCGCGGACGAUGCGAGUGAUUGGCAGUUUGUAGACGAUUGA